CAGUGGAAGUUGGACAUCCUCAGAGCCUGAACUCAACAACAAGCUGGCACAUCACAGCCAGUUGUGCUUUUCCUCUUCUCUCCCUGUGUUCUGGGAGUCCUUCUGUCUCCCCCCACCUCUGCCUGCAGUCACGGCGGGAGUGGGUGUGUCAAUGCGGGCCCGUGGAGCCUAGUCGCUGCUUGUGCGCGCUCUGAAAAAGAGGAAAAAGUUGAUGAUGAGUUUAGUGUGAAAGCGGCCCGCCUCGGAGCAGGCUAACCGUCCCGGAAUGGCAGUUUGGACCCGAGCAGACAAAAACGGACAGCUGGACCUUCUGCUCCGUGACCGCUGGAUCCGAGUGACCGCCGAGCUCACCCGAGAAACGCUCACUUUGACGGCCGACGCGGAGGCAACCGGCCCCGGGACCAAUCACUGGGACUACAGCAACUCUUCGGCGGGCCUGCGAAAUGGCAUGUCAAACGGAAACGACCCGGGAACAAGUCCCGGGAACCCCGGCCGCGGUCAUUCCUCGGGUCAGGACCAACUCCAGAACCAGAGCCACGGGGGUCGGGGGCGCAGUGGCAGCCCGGGGCGCGGGGGGGUCAGUCGGGGUCAGUACGACGGCGGUUACAGCAUGAACAGCCCUGGAAAGUACCCGAAUAACGGCACUAACUCAGACUUCGGGAGCCCCGGCUCCAGCUACGGCAGCCCCGGGUCCAGUUUCGGGUCGAGACCAGGCGACUUCCACGUCAGCCUGGACGGGUCUUCGGAAGCUGUGCGCAAAGUCCGGGUUGUCAAACAGGAGUCUGGCGGGCUGGGGAUCAGCAUUAAGGGGGGGCGCGAGAACAGGAUGCCCAUCCUCAUCUCAAAGAUCUUCCCGGGGCUCGCCGCAGACCAGAGCCGGGCUCUCCGGGUGGGCGACGCGAUCCUGUCGGUGAACGGCAACGACCUCCGGGAGGCAACGCACGACCAGGCGGUCCAGGCGCUCAAGAAGGCAGGCAAAGAAGUCACGCUGGAGGUGAAGUACAUCCGUGAGGUUUCUCCACUGUUCAAGAAGCCAUCCCUGGUGGCUGACCUGCCGUGGGACGGCGUCCGCCCACAGUCACCCAGCUACAGCGGCAGCGAUGACUCAGGGUCGCCCAAACACAGCAGCAGCUCCUCCUCAUCCAAAGACAGAAAGGUCAUCAGUCUGAAGAUGUGCUUCAUCUGCAGAAACCUCACCAUGCCAGACCUGGAGAACAGACUGUUAGAGCUCCAUUCCCCAGACGGCCAGCACACGGUGGUGCUGCGAUGUAAAGACGGCCCCACCGCCAACACCUGGUUCACUGCCAUCCACACCAACAUUGCCGCCCUGCUGCCACAGACCUUGGCUCACAUCAGCGCCUACCUGGGGGCCUCGACCUCAGCCUCCACACACCCCCAUCUCAAACACAUCGGCUGGCUGGCUGAACAGGUCCAGCUAGAAGGUGGACGCCAGCAGUUUAGACCAGUGGUCAUGGCGCUGACUGAGAAGGACAUCCUGCUAUUUGAAUCGGUGCCGUGGAGCCGAGAGUCCUGGUCCAUGCCUGUGCUCACACACCCGCUGCUCGCCACCAGACUGGUUCACUCAGGCAGCGCCCGCAGUUCUCCCGCCCAGGGUUCAGACCUGGUGUUUGCCACUCGGACUGGAACGGGCCGGGGCAUCGAGUCCCACAUCUUCCGAGUGGAGACCCACUGGGAUCUGUCAUCAUGGACGCGAGCCCUCGUGCAGGGGACGCACACCGCCGCUGAGAUCAUCAAAGAAGUCUCCAUUGGUUGCACAUUGAACAGACAGGAAGUUAGGCUGACUCUACACUAUGAAAAAGGCUUCACUGUGACGAGGGAGCCAGCCGACCCGAGCGGGGGGGCUGUGCUGUACAGAUACCCCUACGAGAAGCUUAAAGUGUCUGCCGACGAUGGAAUACGCAACCUGUACCUUGACUUCGGAGGUCCAGAGGGAGAAAUGGUGUUUGAUCUCCACUCGGGUCCAAAGCCAGUGGUGUUCGUCCUGCACUCCUUCCUGUCAGCCAAACUCACUCGCAUGGGUCUUCUGACGUGAAGCCCGCCAAAUGCUGACAGCGUGGAUGAGAGGAUUCUUUUUUCUUUCUCGUUUUCAUUUCUUUUUAAUAUCUUGUUCGUUUUUCCAACUUGUCCGCUCACAGCUGAAGUCAGGCCUGGCGUGGUGCUGCAGGGGGAACCUUAACCCAAGGAGGUGCUUUGUCUGAUUGUCUCAAAAAUGUGCCUUCUCUUCCAGCUUCUCCUCGGCCCCUUGUGGUCAGCUGCGUUGCGAGGCGAGGUACAAGGAAGGGGCACUUUGUUUUAAGUCACGAGGUGAAGGGAGACUGUUUUCACAGAAAACAAAAAGUGUGUACAUAUAUAUAGCAGUUAACAAUCUCAUAACAUUCCACGUGAUUGUGGGGCUUUUUCUUUUUAAAUAUAUUUCAUUAUAAAUAUCCGAUGAGAUGUUGAUGCAGCCGAUGUGCUUAUGAGAUUGCAGUACCUGUGCGCUCUAAGAAACGUGUUAGUGAAGUGCAUCGAACUAAAGGAAGGCUUUUUUAACUGACCGAGCGCAGAUUGGUAAACGCUCGCAGUUUUUACUCUGCCUAUCAUUCCACGACAGCCUUCCGGUGUAUUUUGGGCUCUUUUUAAAGCGUGCGUGUUUGUCUUUGUGAGAGGGAGACGCUGCUUUAGAGUCGCGAUGCAGUUACCCGAGCGGAGGUUGUGCGCGUGAAAGAUUUCUGCGGACGAGUGUGUCUUUCCUCGCUGCACGCUGCCGUUGGCUUGAUAGUGUGCCUCAUAGUUUUAGCACAUUAUCCCAAACUACUGUUGUAAUCAGGAUCACCAACUGUGCCUUGUUACUUGUAGUCAGAGACACUCUUUAUAGUGUUCCCUUUUUUUUAAAUUCACACAAUAAGAGAAUUUUACGCUUCAGACAUGCACAAGCAAUAGUAUUACUCUUAUAGUGUAAACAAUGUUACGAUUUUUUAGUGUGUAUCUCCUGAAAGCAUGACUUCCUGAUGUUGGACUCUGUAUUAGACGAUUAUAUAUGACAUGACCGUGCGUUACCUCCCCCACCCGCGACUCAGACACCUACACUACCACAUCGUCUCAUCUCAUUCUGCUUCGCUUGUGAUUACACCUCUCUGGUUGCCAUGCCCACAUCAGCAUUUGUGUGGUCAAAUACCUUUUAACAGGAGCGUCACAUGACAGUGAGCUGACAGUGAACUGACAGUGAAUGUUAAAACUGCCUCACCUCCUAAAACAAAAACAAAAAACAGAUUCAGGAAAGUUGUAUUAUCUUAUUUCUGGGUGAUUGAAUGUUCAAAGAUCAGUGUUCCUCUGGAGUACCAUGAAUGGCCGAGUUUACCCAACAAGUUCUACAGUGAAUUUUUCUCAUUUUAAGCACCCAAAGUGAAAAGUAUUAAACCUUAACAGAAGUUAAAAAAAAGUCUCUCAUAUUAGGUGGACCUGUUACGCUCGCUUCCAGCUCUUUAUUUGUCCUCUAGCACAGCGGUCCCCAACCUUUUUUGCGCCACGGACCGGUUUAUGCCCGACAAUAUUUUCAUGGACCGGCCUUUAAACUAAAAGUACUGCACUCUGUUUGGUCAAGUUAAUGAGCACAGAGGAAAUGAUGGGUCCAAGAAUAGAAAGUGUCAAUCCUUCCUCAGCUUCCUUGUUUGCUUGAAAUAAUCAGCCAGCUUAAUGACUCAUUCUGUAAAAACAGUUUCUUCAUUUAACAAAUAUUGUGACUCUGCUGCCAAAGACCAACAAAGCCGACAAACGUCAUUUCGAUAUUUUCAGUUUAUCAGACUGACAGACUUCGUGUUAAGCAGCCAGGUGCACAUGUGGUGACCACAUUUAAAUUUCAUUUUCACUCACUCAUGGGUUGAGUUCAAGGAACAAAAAAAAAAAAAACAGGAUGCAAGGUUAAGAAAAGAGUAUAUGUACACAUGUAAAAAGCUCUAGUUUGAUAUUCACCUAACAGAAACCUUCUGCUAUAACCUGCUGCAGAUGUUUGUCCUCCCCACUCUUUUUUUUUUUUUCCAGAUUAGAUUUGAUUGAGAGUUAUGAUUCUCAAACUUAAGCUCCCCCCCCCCCCAGCAACCUUUCAGAAAUCAACCAAUCAGAAUAAAGUUAGCCUUUACUGAAAGGGUGGUGGUGUCUUUUAAGGGCCUGUGGCUAAAAUUACCCAUUUAAAGCAGAUCAAGGCUCAUCUGAGGGUCUAGUAGAUAAAUUAUCUUUUUUUAAACUGUAAAUCAAGCAGAGCUACUCUUGUGGAGUCCCAGAAUAAAAAUAUCGAGUUGGAAAAGAGCAGCAGGUGUUCCCUUUAACAUCAACAAUACUGAUUAUAAUGCAAAGUUAGCACAGGGAAAAAGAAUGCCAGCCAUUCAUUCUUGUUCAUCCCUCCGAUGUGCUAAAAUUGUGUUAAAUGUUGAGAAAUGAUGAGCGCUUGUAAGUCGUAUUGGUCACUCGCAGCAGUGUUGGUGUUCAUGUAGUCAGUGUGCUGACAGACACAAUGUGAUGCACGUGAUAUUUAACUGACUGAACCACACUUUUAUUUUUUUUCCAAUAUAUGCAAGUUGACCAUUCUUCCCCCUUCAGUUCAUUUUGCCUGCGUUGGCUGGUUAAUGAGUUCAACGUGACUGUAAUAAACACAUUUUAAUCACUGUCAGCUUAUUCAUGUAGCUAAAGUUACCCUUCAGUAGAGCCUCUGUCUGAGGUCCAAAAGAACACAAUGUGGCAUUGUGCGCACUGACUGCAACAUAGGAAAACAAGAUAACCCCGGUUCUCUGAUACGGAGCACAGUCACCCGCCUGAAUGACCUCUGUCCCAUUUGGGACAUCGUGUCCUUGUGAUGCUUUUUUUUUUUUUCUUUUUUUUUUUUCUUUUAAUGAAUGUGAAAAUUCAUCACAGUACACUCACUUCCUGUUUAGCGAUUUAAGCCUUUUCAAGCUACAGUUAAUGUUAGCUGUAUUACAGCAGAAGUUAGCUUUGCUUCCCUUAAAACGUCACAGUUUGAGCUAUGCUCAGCCUGGCAUGAAGUCAGUUUCUGCAACAUUUGAAGCAGUAGUGAAAGGGAUACGCUUUUACACCACGCUUUCUUGUCACUAACUGCUCUAACCUGAUCUGAUUAUGUGAAGUUUAAGAAGCUACGAGGCCGUCCUGUUCCUCUCUGAGCUCGAUGCACUAACCUGUCAAACCCCUUUUAAACCUGUGAAUGUACACCUUUUAUCUCCUUCCUCUCUUUGUUCUCAAAUCGUGGCUGUUCUGUCUAUGCAACGCUUCAAAGAAGGGGUUUGUGGAACCAAAGGUAUUAUCUGUGGCAGCUUGCGUCCAACACAAUCAUGAAACUGAAAAGUCGCGAGGAUAAAUGCUGCUGCGACAACCUGUCAUAUGCAAAGUAUUUUAGAUUUCCUUCCAAGAGAUGGUAUACAAUGUAUGAUAACAAUGUAGUAAUCUCAAAUGUACAUACCUACCAAUAAAACUGUUGUAAGUUACAGAAA